CAUCCUUCUGGGUCCCUUGGCGUACUUCUUCAGGGGUUCGGUUGCUGCGAAUUGCCCUGGGGAUACGCCUGGUGAUGUGCUUUGGUGACGUGCUCUUCAGAGCUUCGGUCUGGUCGUUGCGGACUGCUCUGGGGGGUGCGUCCGGACGUGGGUUGGGUUGGGCCAAAGCACAUCACCUGUUGCAGCUAGGAUGCACUUCCUCAGGGCUUCGGUUCGGCUGCUGCGAACUGCUCUGGGGAUGCGUCUGGUGACAUGCUUUUGGCGACGUGCUUUUCAGGGCUUCGGUCCCGGCUGUUGGGGACUGCUCUGGGGAGUACGUCUGGGUGUGGUUGGGUGGGCCAAAAGCAUGUCACCUUCGGCUGCUACGACGCAUUUCCUCAGAGAUUGCUUGGCUGCUGUGGACUUCUUUGAAUAUGCGUCUGGUGGUGUGCCUUCGGCGGCGUGCUCUUCAGGGCUUCGGUCUGCGCUGUGCGGACUGCUCUGGGGGGUGCGUCUGGAUGUGGGUUGGGUGGGCCAAGGCACACCACCUUGUUGCUGCAAGGACGCAUUUCUUCAGAGACUGUCUGGCUGUUGCAAACUUCUCUGAAGAUGCGUCUGUUGAUGUGCCUUUGGCGUGCUCUUCAGGGCUUCGGUCCCGGUUGUUGCGGACUGCUCUGGGGAGUGCGUCUGGAUGAG